AACAAGGAGCUGAUCACUUCUGCCGCAGAAAAGUCAGGAGACCUUUCAGUCGGAGCUGAUCGGUCGUCGGAGCCUGCGGCCGUGCGUCUUUUUCAGCAGCAGGAGCUGAGCCACGAGAGGAAAAUGCCCGAGAUGGGCAACUCUUUACGCGCGGCGGCCCUCCUGGCGUUCGUGGUUCUUUCUAUUCUGGUGUCACUCUUGAUUAGCAGCGUGCAGCAGUUUGGAGCGAGAAUAUCACACUUUUCCAAUGCAACUGUUGCUGCUGAUGAGAAGGAGUUCGCCUCCCUCCGCGGGGCGUUGAUUUACCAGCUCAACGAGCGGCGCAAAGAAAUCAUUCCGCUGCUUUUACCUGUUUAUGAUGAUGAUGAUGAUGAAAACGGACUACCCGGGGAAAGCCGACAUUCUCUCCUCAAUGACCAAACACAAGACUCAAUUUUGGAUUACAGUCUGUGGAAUGAGAUCACGCAUGGCUCCAGGAAAGCGCAUAUGGAUGACAUGGAUUGUGACUCUCUGGUGGACAUGCAGGCGGUGGAGAUUCUAGGGUCUGGAUACACCAAACUGGUUGUCAAAGUGAAUCUCGCCGGAGGUCAGCCGGUGGCCUUAAAACUCGUCAACGAGCAGGGGAUAGACAUGGGGAAGUGUGUGGAGGACUUUAGAGACCCUCGAGGCUGCCGAGAGCUCGUUUCUUACAAGCUGAAGAAAGAAAUAGUCCUGUUGCAGAGGCUGCAGCAUCCAAACGUCAUUAAGCUCAAAGGUCACUGUGCAGGAGAUGCAGGAGGAAGAGGAGGAGAGGAUGGAAGAGUUACGGUCAUUCUGGAGCAGGGGAAUCCUCUCCAGAUGAUCCAGCUGCUCCAGAGUCCCUGGGAGGACAGGUUCAGGGUGUGUAUGGACCUGGUCAGGCUCCUCCACUUCCUCUCCCAGUCUCCUUUGGGCUCCGUGGCUCUGUUGGACUUCCAGCCACGGCAGUUUGUCACCGUGUCUGGCGAGCUGAAGCUCACAGACCUGGACGACGCCAGCGCCAAGGAGACCUCCUGUCAGAUGGACGUGGACUGCACCCUCCAGUUUCCACACAGAAAUUUCACUCUGCCCUGCUCGGCACAGGGAGUGUGUGAGGGCCUGAAUGAGAAGAGGAACAUUUACAACGCCUAUAGGUAUUUUUUCACCUACCUGCUGCCUCACCAGGCCCCGCCCGGCUUCACACACCUGGUAGACGACAUCAUGAACUCCACAGGGGAGCUGAAAGCUGACAUCAAUCAAACGCUGGAGGCCUUUGAACAUAUCCUCCUCCUCUACAAGUCUGGCCUGCACCUGGACAACCUGCCUCCAUCAAUAAUCAGAGAUUUCACUGUGAUGCGGGGCAUGGGGACCUCUGGGAACGCGGAGUACCGCUGUUGGCCGUCCUACAGCCAGCAGGGCUGCGUGCUGUCGGUCCACAGCGCAAGAGAGGCAGCGUUCAUCUGUAACUCCCAUUCUCAGUGCAACAGCUUCACUCUGACCGGACGAAAGACAUGGACGGGUCGGCUCCUCGCCUCCUUCAGGAGCAGCUUCAGUCAUCUGGUGCCUGAUGGGACAUCAGAGGUGUAUGUGAAGAAAACCAAACCUGAAGAUUCAACAGCGUGACACGAGGACCCAACAGAACAAUCCAGCUUCAAUCGGGCCGAGUGAGAUGAUGAGAGAUGAAACACAACGCGCAAAGCGUUGCGCUUAAGAUGAGAACGGCCUCCUCCUUGUGAGCAUGUUGAACGCCGCUCGGCUCUGUGGAUUUGCAGGAGGAGUGUAGAGGCCGGGGCUGAGGAGGCGUUUGAAGUGAGGCAAGUGAAUGUGAUGUAUUUAUAGGGCUUCUGCUCAGUGACUGUUUGAUCUGCUUGCCAGCUCACUGCCUCUGCCAACUACUAUUUAAAGGGAUUUCCCUUCAGGUACAAUUAAGGAGCCUUGUGCCCCCUACAUGUUUUUUUUUUCUACCUUGUCUUUAGUUGCCAUGUGUGUUGGCUUUCGUUGUGAGGCCGGGUCCCCCAGUAUGAUUUUUAAGCCAAAGAGGUAAUAAGAACAGCCGCUGCAGCUCAGCGUUUGAAGCCUGAGGACGAGAAAAGAAAACAAGCUCUUAUACAAAUACACUUUGAUGUUAAUGCGCUGAGGUUGCGGCUGUUUUUUCAUGGUUCCUUAGCUUAGCUGCGCUGUGGUAUGAGAUGGCAACAACCAUGUAAGCAUUUCCACAUUAACAAUGAGCAAAGAUGAUAAAAAACAUUCCCGAGCAGUCUGUUUUUACAUACUGCACUUUUGUAAACUUAGUUCCUAUUGCUUAGUGCAUAAAUAUUUAUAUGAUCAAAUGAAAUGUAAUUGUUCUUACAUGAUUGUGCAUUUUAUCUUACGUGCACCUUGUGGGUGAAACUUUUAUUUUCAAUGAAAAAUUAUUCACGUCAGUGUUUUUUUUAUACUUCACUUAUUGUAAUUGUACAGUUUUACAAUUUUGUAAUAUAAAUGUAUUGUUUCUACCUUU